AAACGCGCGAGUUAAUACGCACAUUUACGCGCGAGAACCGGUGCGUGCCCGUGACCCGAAACGCUCCUCGCUCGCUUUCUCCCCCCCGCGGCUUAAAGCGUUUCCCUUUCCCUGCUCGCACGCACGCACCUAGCUACCUCGCCGGCCUCGCCAUCAGAUCUCGCCCACCGCCGCCUCCCCCAACUGUCUUUGUACCUCGCCGUCGAGCUCCCAUCGCGGUGGCCCACCUCCCGCGCGUGCAUUUGCUCCGGCCUUGCAGGGACAUCGACCUCUCCUCUCCGCGUCGGGGCGUGAUGGUCCAGUGAUCCAAGGAGUCGUUCCUCUGCCGGUGAGUGGUGCGUUCGGGUUGUAUUGGUGGCAGUGCGGGAGAUUUUUGGUUGGUUGUUUGGUGGAGGGAUCGGGGAUGGGCUGCACGGGGUCCAGGCACGCGUUCCGGGGUGGCGUCCGGGGCGGCAAGACGGCGUACGCGCGGAGCCGCUCCGGUCCGGCCGCCGUGCACCACACCGUCUCGCUCAAGUCCUCCACACUGGGUUCGCUCAGCCUCGAGCGGGACCGGGACGAGGAGAUGAUGAAAUGGCGCGACGACGGCGGCGCGGCGAAGACCACGCCGCCGCCACAGCAGAUGGCGAGGCGGCAGAGGCAAUUGGUGCUGGCCACCACGGCGCCGGCCAAGACGCCGGCCCGCGAGCCGGAGGUGAUAAAUGUGUGGGAGCUCAUGGAAGGCCUGGACGACAAGGAUGAGGAGGGCGACGUCCGCGGCGAGGAGCGACGGGGGCAGUCGACGCCCGGGUCACCGGAGUUCGAUCCAGACAUCAUCGCCGCUUUCCGGAAGGCGCUCGACGAGGUUCCCGCUGCCGGCGAAUGCCCUGGCGACGAGGUGUGCGUCAAGAAGCGCGAGAUACAGAGGUUUCCGGGCAUCGUGCGCGAGCGGGUCAGCGCGUUCCAGAAGAGGAUCGACGCGAAGCUCGCCAAGAUGGCGCCUCCGCCACCGUCACCGUCACCGCCUCCGGAGCCAGAGCCGCAGCUUCCACCGCCGCCGCCUGAUAGCGACCGGAAAGUGGUGCUGUACCUCACCAGCCUCCGCGGCAUCCGCAAGACGUACGAGGACUGCUGGGCGACGAAGUCCAUCCUACAAGGCUACGGCGUGCUCGUCGACGAGCGCGACCUGUCGAUGCACGCCGGGUUCAAGGAGGAGCUCCACGCCGCGCUGGGCGCGCCGGGCAGCCUCCCGCAGGUGUUCGCGGACGGCAGGCACCUGGGUGGCGCCGAGGAGGUCCGCCGCAUGCACGAGUCCGGGGAGCUGUCCAAGGCGCUGGGCGACUGCGAGAUGGCGCCGCCGGCCGCCGCGGGCAAGGGCAUUGCGCUGGACGCGUGCUCCGGCUGCGGCGGCGUCCGGUUCGUGCCGUGCGAGGAGUGCUCCGGCAGCUGCAAGGUGUUCCUCGAGGAGCUGGACACCUUCCGGCGCUGCCCCGACUGCAACGAGAAUGGGCUCGUGCGCUGCCCGCUUUGCUGAAAAUCUCGAGCUUUUUUGCGGGAUCUGUAGUGUGAUUUUGUGAGAUGCUUGAGGGUGUUGUGUUAGCGUAGAACGUGUACAGGGGAAUUACACGACUGUUUCAUACUAGGACUGAUGAAGUAACAAUAUUGGUUGCUGUAAUGAUCUUAUUUAUGCUUUCUUCUACGGUGCUGGGUGUGUAGAAGAAUUGAAGAAACGACUUCGUUCUGAAGAACAAGAAUGGUUAUCACUCUUUGUUCUCAA